AUGGUCGUGAUGAGUGUUGGCUUGCUGGCCAUCGCCGUCGUCCCGCCGACGCUCCGCGGUGCGCCGGCGCGCGCCUCCGUCCGCAUGGCCAACAAGCAGCAGCAGCAGCAGCCCACGCCCCGCGAGCGGCUGCUCGAGGAGCUCGCCGAGUACGAGGCGACCAACCAGCGGCGCUCCUUCCUCACCGGCCUGGCAGCCUCGGCCGCCACCUUUGGCGCGGGCGGCUUCUUCCUCAACACGAUUAAGGCCAAGGGCGUGCACGCGCCUCUCGCCGCGGGGCGCGGGCGGGUCGCCUCGCCGUCCUCUGCGGCCGGCUCCAAGCAGCAGGCGGCCACCCCGCUGGCCGCGGCGGGCGGAGCGGAGGUCGUCGCCAAGGAGCGGGAGCCGGAGACGCUGGCCGCGCCGCCGAUCGGGCGGAGCGGCAAGGCCGCCGACACGCCCACCCCCCACGCCGGCGCCAAGGACUUCAGGGCGCUCGCGGCGGGCGGCGCCGCCGCCCUCGCCGCCGCCGCCUCCUUCGCGGGCUCUCAGCUUGCAGGGCUGGGCAGGGAGAAGGGGGCGGAGGAGGGGCGGGAGGGGGCCGAGUCGCUCUCCGCCACGGUCGAGGCCACCGGCACCCCGUCGCCAGCCCCGCUGCCCGCGGCGCCCGCGCCCGAGCACGUGCCGGCGCCGGCCUCCGCCGCCGCAGACAACGCCGCGGCGUGGGGCGGCGAUUCGGAGGCGGAGGCGGCGGGGGCGGAGCGUGCGCUCAAGGCGGCCUUGCUUCGUGCGGAGGGCGCGGCGGCCGCUUCGUCGCUCCGGCAAGACGGUGCGGCGGCGGUGGCGGCGCGGGAGGAGGCGCGGGCCGGCGCGGCGCGCGCGCUCAAGGCGUCCUCCCUCCGGCGGGAGGGGGCGGCGGCGGUGGCGGCGCGAGAGGAGGCGCGUGAGGCGCUUCAUGAGGUGGAGGCGAGCAGAGCGGCGGCGGAGGAGGCGCGGGCUGCGGCUGAGAAGAAGGCGGCGGAGGAGGCGCGGGUUGCGGCUGAGAAGAAGGCGGCGGAGGAGGCGCGGGCUGCGGCUGAGAAGAAGGCGGAGGAGGAGGCUCGGGCUGCGGCUGAGAAGAAGGCGGCGGAGGAGGCGCGGGCGGCGGCUGAGAAGAAGGCGGAGGAGGAGGCUCGGGCUGCGGCUGAGAAGAAGGCGGAGGAGGAGGCGCGGGCUGCGGCUGAGAAGAAGGCGGCGGAGGAGGCGCGGGCUGCGGCUGAGAAGAAGGCGGCGGAGGAGGCGCGGGCUGCGGCGAGGCGUUGA